AUGCAGCAAAAAGUACUUAGCUCACUGAACAGCCUGCAAGGCCUGGAUAACCAGAAAAGGAAAGAAGCGGAGAACUACAUCAUUCAAGAGUCCAUCACAAACUUCGCAAAUUUAAUUAGCAUUUUGCUGGACAUAUUGACACUUUCCACUUUGGGAAGUAUGGGGAACACGAUGACUGCGGGCCUCGUUCUCAAAACGCUCUUUGCGUGGGAGUCCCAGGAGAAGAUGCAGGAAGUCAAUCUGAAGUGGAUGGCUCUGAAGCCUGCAGACAGAGACCUCCUCAAAAGCAAGCUUAUUGCGAGUUUAGCCACCUGCUCUGGGUCGGUGGGAGAGAUACUCGGACAGUGUCUUGGGGCAGUGGCGAGAAUAGAGGUGGUAAAUAAGCGAUGGCCCACCGUUUUUUCCGAUCUCUCUGAAAUAGCUGGAGCUGCGUCUUCUGAUGUAACUCGAAUAAACGUAAUGGAGACCAUGGGAAUACUGUGCAUGGACACAACGGGGAUGGAUGACACGAUAAUAAUGCACUCAUCAGGACACAUCCUUACUGUGCUGAUAAACGGAGGAAGAUCAGAUAACGUAUCGACCCAAAAGAGCGCUUUUAAAAAUUUAGAUCGGUGUCUGGAGUUUAUCUCGCACAACAUAGCAAUAGAAAGCGAGUGCAUGGUCGUGAUGGAAACUCUCUUCAACGCGUGCGCAUCGAGCAGCGAUGAGAUAGCAUGUCUAGCCAUGCGGUGCUACACAGGCACUUUGUACAUGUACUACGAGAGCGUUGUAAAGUAUGUUGGAUUGGCGUUUGGAAACAUUGCAAUGAACUACAUGUAUUCAGAAAGCGACACAAAGAUCCUCAGCGCCAUGGAGAUGUGGGGAGCUGUUGCAGAGCACGAGAUAGAAACGGGGAAAAGCGAAAUAAUCAGCAAAGUCUUCAGCACCCUUGUGGGGCAGUGCAUUAUUCUAGCUAGAAAUCUAGAGCUCGAGCAGACAGACGAAUGGCUGCCCCACAAGGCAGCAUCUUCUCUUCUUUCUCUGGUCUCGCAGUGUGUCCCUGACAAAAUAUCGCAGGACAUAGUCAAUAGACUCUCUAGCACUCCUGUUAACCUCAUCACAGCAGUAGAAAACUUCAUCAACUCGCAGGAUGUAGUGAGAUUUGAGGCAGGAAUGAUUGUCCUGGGGUCUAUUCUCAACGAAGACACAGCGAAUGCCCUAAGCAAGCUAAUACAGCGCAUUGUUCCUGUGAUAUACAAAGCAUCAACACACGGCAACCCCGUGGUAGAAGACAGUAAAAUGUGGCUAUUUGAAAAACUUUUCAAAUACUCGUAUGUCUCCGUUGAGCAGUGCCAUUUGGAGGACGACAUAAUCAGAGAAAUAAUGAAGCUAAUCACAAAAAAAAAUGGAGAAACUUCGGUGACUGCUGCAUGGACUCUCAUGGGCAUAGCGAGUGCUGUGAGACAGCAGAGCAUGUACGACGCAGCCAGACAAGACCACGCAAUAUUCACCAACUUUACGAUGAUCCUUGAGUCUCUUGUGGGAACAUUCUACAAUCUUCCAAAUGAAGAGUACACACUGCGGGUGGCUCUCUCCUCAGCUAUUGGCGAAAUAAUCAAGGCCGCUAUUCCCACGUACUACUCGCACGUUCUUGGCUAUCUGUCUGAGUUUAUCUCAAGAACAACAAAUGAGCUCAUGAUGCCUGAUGUAAAUGAAGAGGCUAUCUCUUGCUAUAUGAACAUGAUACAGGCGUGCAUAAGCACGUGCUCGAGUGACCAGAUAUCCCAUGCCUCUCGAAGUAUAGUUAGUGUGUGUACAUAUAUAAUAGAUCGAAGCAAACUGAUAUCCCUAUACACAGAGGCAUACCUCACUCUUGAUCUGCUGGCUGAGCGAAUAAGUAUAGACUUUGCCAAUUACACAGAAGAGCUAUACGGGCUAAUAGUCAGAGACUUGAACAGCUUUUGCAGCGAAGAUGCAAAGGAGGAAGGAACUUCGAUAUUUGCCACGAGUCUCAUUAUGUUCAUUGGGUCCAUGGCAUCUGCUGUGCAGCUAGGGUUUAGCUCGCAGGUCAACCAGAUAGUUCCUUUGCUGAUCCGGGCUGUUGGCUCGCCGUAUCUCCCGCGAGAGGCCAAGGCCACUGCUAUUUCCACAUUCGCUGAUAUUUCUCUUGCAAUUGGAAAAAUUUUUGAUAAAUACCUGGGAGACAUGAUAGACAUUGCAGCGAGCGUGAUAAAGCUGAAGGACGAUGGAAGUGACAGCGGCUUUAUUCUAUCGCUUCGCGAGUCUCUGCUGGUGCUCUUCUCGUGCAUUGUCCAGGCCUCCAACGGAAAAAGCGAGCAGGUUGUAGGCCAUGUGGAAGUUAUGCUGGAGAUAAUAAAGAUAAUCGUCAUAGAAACGAACGAUUCAGCGUGCGUGAUUAAGUCUCUCUAUUUAAUAUCCGAUCUGUGGGUGCUGUACGGCACAGGAGAGUUUCCGCCGCUGAUUACUGCCCUGGAAAGCCCGUGGGUGUUUGAGUUCAUAACUGCAAAAACACGCUCGGAUGUCAGGGAAGUAAGAGACGCAGCCACAGCCACACGGCUCCAGAUAAGUUAUAUCAAUAACGAGUAG